GACCCUCAUCCCUCGCCGCCGUGCCCCAGACGGCGGCUUCUUCUGGGGGAACAGAGCCCAUCGCCCCCCAGCAGUCCAGGAUGGAGAACUUCAGGAAGGUCAAGACGUCGGAGGAAGAAAGCCCGCUGCCCUUCGUGGGCCUCCCCUCGGACGUGAUUGAGAUGAAGGUGAAGGAGGGCAGCAAGAUCCGGAACUUGAUGGGCUUCGCCAUGGGCAGGGUGGCGCGGGAGGACACCCGGCAGAUCGUCUUCAGCGGCUGCGGCCGGGCUGUCACCAAGACCAUCACCUGCGUGGAGAUCAUGAAGAGGAAAGUGGGCGGCCUCCACCAGGUCACCAAAGUGCAAUACAGGACUAUCCUCGAGGUCUGGGAGAACAAGGCAGCCCGGCCUGAGGGGGGCCCGGCAGAACAUCUCACCGUCCACAAGAAUGUGCCCUCCAUCUGCAUCCUGCUCUCCAAGGACGCCCUGGAUCCCAGCCAGAUGGGCUAUCAGCCCCCGGAUCUCCCCGGCGGCCUGUGGGUGGGCGAGGGGGGCAGCCAAGAGGACACGUCCAGCACCUCCCCGAAGGGAAGGAAGAGGAGGUUGGCGCUGCCCCACGAGGAGGAGGACCCGCGGAACAAGAAGGCUCAGGUACCGGAGAUCCAGGACGACUCGGAGGCCCUGGUGGGUUGUGGACACGGACGGCAUUCCUGCCCUACUUGCCUUGAGCAACUGUGAGCAAAGCAAAGCCGUACCUGCCGCCCCUUAUAUGCAGACUGAGGGACAGAUUGAGGCUGGGCGCAUUCCGGAUUUGCAGGUGCUUCGUAACCAAUAAAAGGGGUGAUGGAGCGGGGACUGCCUUUGCUAACGGUCUUGUGUUGGGUUAUUCUUCCCAGGGACAGAUGUCCCCCCACAGCCGCCUCAAAUCCUGCCAACUCAGGUUGGGUGGAGCAAAGGAUUCUGCUCCAUAUACCAGGCAAUCAAAGGAUGGUCCAUUCAGACAGACCACUGGGUUGUGGAAAACAGCCCAGGAGGGAAGAAGACAUGGUUUGGGUAUUGACUGCACGCAGGAUGUUUUCACACGCCGGGUGAAGUGGAGGACUCAAGACGUGGGUUGCUCAAAACCACUGACAGCACAUGUGGCUUGU